AUGCAACUUGCUGAAGUUGCCGAAGGCACUCCAAGAGUGCUCAAACAAUACUUGAAGGUAUUCGAAUCUCCCUCUUCUCAAAUACAAGAAGACUCUCAAAGACUCCAUUCAGCUCCGGUAACUCCUACAAUGUACGAAUCGCAUCCGGAGAUCCAGUUCUUCAGGCUGGUGAAAACGAAACACCACUAUGCCUAUCACAAGUCAAAGCCUUCUUUGAGCUCCGCAGAGCAAAAGUCAAAUCAUAUGUCUUCGAAGAACUUAGGAUUCGAGCCCUUCGAUAGAGACCAAUUAUUGGACAGACUCAAAACUUUCAAUGCAUUGAACUGGCAAGUUCCCGCCGGGAAAAACCCUGGAAUACAGCUUAAUGAACUUCUAUGUGCAUCGUAUGGCUGGGUAUGCCAGUCUGUUGCGAGAAGUAGGAUUUCCAAAAAUCAUUUAAAGUGUACGAAAUGUGGGAGUGAACUAAUACUUCGCUUUAAUGCAGAGGAAGAGCAGCCUGAGUUUGCGCCUUUUCAUUUUGAUCUUGAGGACAUCCAAGCGGUUAAUUUGAACCUUAAAGCUCAAUACACUCAUCAGGUUCAGUCGAUAGGUCAUUCCACAUCGUGUCCGUGGACCAAAGUUCUGACUCCGAUAGACACAGUUUACUACUUGACACCAUACCUCGCCUCAACGAACGCACAACUCAUCAAACAAUAUACCAAAAACUUGAGAAGCUUGUUUGACAAUUUUGCCAUACUCCAGGAACACGCAGGUUUCUUAAGUCGACUUUCUCCAAUACGUCGGUUGCAUAAUGCUCCUGAAUUCUGUCGCAUCUCCAAUGAAUGGUUGUUGAGCACAUACUACAGUAGUGAUAAGGAGAAUGUGGGGACAAUAUUGUCCAAGACCUUUCCAAUAUGGCUAUACUUCGUAGCUGCCAUGGGAUGGGAUUUGUUUACUCAAGAUUUUAAUGGGCAAACAGUACUUUUAAUGAUAUGUCAGAGCUGUAAUCAGCGAAUCUUCCUUGAGAAAUCAAGUACGACUGGGCGCGGUACAGCAGGCGAUGAUAAUCAACCCAAAGCUUUGACACCAUGUCAGUACACAGCUACUAUUUCGAAUGGCGUUUUGAAUUUUUCCAAUGAGUACUUAGACGAAGUUAUAGAGGAUGAGAACGAGGAUCCUUUCUUUGAACACAAACUGUGGUGUUGUCAAGUAAGAGAAAUGGCUGGCCAGUCUUACUUGCAAUACUUUGUUAGCAUGAUUUUAUCACUGGAGGAUUAUAUUGGUCCAAAAGGCGAAUACUUAACAGAUAGAGAUGACACUUUUGAUAUGGAAGUUGAUGUGACGCCUAAAAUUUCAAAGAGAAAAGCCAGUUUUGAUUUACAGGAGGAACUAGAAAAGUUUAAGCGGUUAAGAAAACCGUACUUCGCUGAAUAA